UUGAUUGUAUACACCUGUGUCCAUGGAGGGGAUUGGAACACCUGAAUCACAUGAUUGGGAGGGGAUUGGAACACCUGAAUCACAUGAUUGGGAGGGGAUUGGAACACCUGAAUCACAUGAUUGGGAGGGGAUUGGAACACCUGAAUCACAUGAUAUGGAGGGGAUUGGAACACCUGAAUCACAUGAUUGGGAGGGGAUUGGAACACCUGAAUCACAUGAUAUGGAGGGGAUUGGAACACCUGAAUCACAUGAUAUGGAGGGGAUUGGAACACCUGAAUCACAUGAUUGGAGGGGAUUGGAACACCUGAAUCACAUGAUAUGGAGGGGAUUGGAACACCUGAAUCACAUGUUAUGGAGGGGAUUGGAACACCUGAAUCACAUGAUUGGGAGGGGAUUGGAACACCUGAAUCACAUGAUAUGGAGGGGAUUGGAAACACCUGAAUCACAUGAUUGGGAGGGGAUUGGAACACCUGAAUCACAUGAUAUGGAGGGGAUUGGAACACCUGAAUCAAAUGAUUGGGAGGGGAUUGGAACACCUGAUUCACAUGAUAUGGAGGGGAUUGGAACACCUGAAUCACAUGAUAUGGAGGGG